GUCUGAUUUCAGCGGACUUAGGGCCCGUUUCAGAGAAUGGGACAUGCAACAUGAAUUCGAACCUUUACCGCACCGAGACAGAAAGAUCGACAAGAUCGUGAUCCACGAAGGCUUCAACAAGCGGCAAAUGUUCAACGACUACGCCGUGUUGAUCCUGGAUUUUCCUGUGGAGCUGGACGAUCACAUCGACACCGUCUGUCUGCCUGGGCCUCGGACGAAUUUCGUCGGUCGUCGAUGCCACGUAUCGGGAUGGGGGAAAUCACAGCUCGAGGAGGGGCGACACCAGGCGGCGCUGAGGAAGAUCGAGCUACAGAUGGUGGAGAGGGCGCGGUGCCAGGACAAACUGAUGGAAGCCGAAUUCUGCCCUUCCUUCGUCCUUCAUCCCAGCUUCCUCUGUGCCGGCGGGGAACUCGCCAAGGGAGUGUGCAAGGGCGACGGAGGCAGUCCACUCGUGUGCCUGGACCCAUUGACGAACCACUACGUCCAGGCCGGGAUCGUGUCGUGGGGGAUCGGGUGCGGGGAGCGGAACGUCCCGGGGGUUUACGCGGAUGUCGCGAAGGCUUCCGAUUGGAUCGAGGAGGUUCUCUCGACGCACCUGGCGUGUCUGCAACCCGAUUGGAGCAAUGAGGUUCCCGGUCCCGUGAUAAUUUAU